CAUCAAAGUGCACCCCUACAGCUCACCGUCUUACAGCCCAGUAGCGUGCUGCAAUGAGCUCAGAAUACCACGGCCAUGGCGGCAGACAGCAGCGGAAACGCCCAAGAGACGACCAGCACGACGAUUUCCGCAGACCUCGACGAGCCGAUUUGCUCUUUUCCCUACAACGCGAUCUCACCAACCUCGCUGAUCCCGGCGGCAGUGUCUCCCCGCUAGAGGAUAUCAAGUAUGUAGGCAGGAAGCUGGCUGGUGAAUUUGAACACCCAGAAAACAAGACACCCAUUCUUGAGCUGAUUCGGGAAGCGGUUGUACAGCUAUCGGUCAAGACGUGUCAGUACAGUGCUGCCGUCACGCUUGCUGGUUUGUCUAAUAAGCAAUUCGCACAAACAAUUGCAGAGUCUGCUGGUGAAUGGGUACAGGAUGCGCUCAAGAGACAAGACUGGCUGCAAUUGAAGUUUCUACUGCGCUUUGUUGCUGGCCUCGACCAGAUCUUGCAAGACUAUGGUGUAUUUGAGUAUUUGAGGCUGUUUGCUACACAGAUUGCUGGCUUAGCGACUCGUUCAGACUAUGCAGAUGCGCUCUGCAAGGUCGUACUCUUGACGUUGCCCUUUGUGGCAUCAAGUACAAGCCGUGCCAAUACGCACAGACUCAACGAUCUCACAACGUUGCUGGGUACACUCGAGCCUUACAUGCAGGUGCGCGGAGCAGCCUCCUUUGGCAAACUGACAAUGCAUUACCAGAAUGACGCAGGACAAGCUCCCUAUGAGCAAAGAGAAGAGCUUUCCAUGCUCUUUGAACAACUCAAGCUCACUGCCGGUCGAGGUUGGAAUAUUCGCGUCCUUGCCCACUUUCAAGAGCACUAUAUUGAAGCCGAGCGUUUCAAACUGCCUAGUCUUGUCCUCGGGGAUGCACCACCUACAGCGUGCAACGAACCUGUUCGCUACGUGCUGAAGCUCUUUGUCAAUCAAGCAACGGAGACAACACCCAAUGAAACGGACUUGAGUGGUAGCUUGCUACGCGAUUUAUCUUGCGAUAUCCUCGAGACUUGUGUUGCGAAUCGCAAAGAUGCUGCACGCUUCUUGAUUGACAUUGAGUCUUAUUUGCCCGGUGGUCUCUUUGUGCUACGGGGUACGCCACUGGACAAGAUUGUCGUGGGACCUCAUGGCGUACCUGCCUGGAAGUCUGAAGAUGUGGUUAUUGAAGCACUCUUUGGCGAAUUGCUAGCAUUGCCUAUGCCACGACAAAAGCCAAUCUACUACCAUGCCGUCCUCACUGAACUCUGUAAAUUGGUACCACAGGCCGUUGCACCGACAUUUGGUCGAGCGAUUCGACAACUCUACAGGACGAGUCCUGCCAUGGAACCAGAAUUGGUCUUUCGAACUUGGGAUUGGUUGUCGCAUCAUUUGUCCAACUUCAACUUCAACUGGAAAUGGCAAGAAUGGGAGGGUGAUUUGACACUACCUGCCUUGUCGCCACAGCUUGUGAUGAUUCGAGAGACGAUUCUCAAGGAGGUGGAGUUGUCGUAUCAUCAACGCAUCAGGACGACGUUGCCAGAAGCGUAUCAUGCAUUGAUUCAAGAGGAAGCACCAGCGCCGCGAUUCACUUAUACAGAGGGUCAUCCCUUGGCAGAGCAAGCAACGGCUCUCUCGACGUUCUUGCAACAACCGCAAACCCCAGAAACGUUGCAACAGGCUGAACCGAUCUUCAAGGCCAUCUCAGAGGCCUCGGCAGAUGGUCAAGAAGAAGCAACACUCAUUCGAGUCUUGGUGGAGUGUGCCUUGCAACUCGGCCACCAGUCAUUCAGUCAUGCACUCAACACCAUUGAACAAACACUGCUCUUACUCAAACAACGCUGCAGCGUUUCUCGUGAAAAGCAACGCCAAACAGUCACAUGCGUCAUGCGAUUUUGGCGAGAACGACCAGCUGUUGGCCUUGCGCUUCUUUCGAAAAUGGUCAACUAUGGUAUCAUUGAAGGGUCUGCCUUGGUGGAUUGGCUGCUUGCCAUGGCGAACCAAGAAGCAUCGCUUGCAACGGAUACAAUAGCUUGGGAAACGAGUGUUUUGGGGAAUCGCAGUAUUUUGGCACAAAGCGCGGCUUGGGAGUUGUUGCAGCUGGUGUUUGCGAAGCAAGCAACACAGACUGGACAAUUGCAGCAGCGUCAGGCUGUGCUCACGAAGAAUAUCGCUCGGCAGGAGAAGUUACUAUCUGAUGCAGCUGCACGCGCUGAAGCUGCAAGAGCGGAAGCUGACAAGGUCGCCGCUGCAAAAGUGGAAGCUGACAAGGUUGCCGCUGCAAAGGCUGAUGCUGGUGAAGCUGCAACGAACGGUGAUGGUCAAGCACCGAGUGCAGAAACUGCUGCUGAUACGACUAUGACUGAGGCGACGCCAGUGGUGAAGGCAGAGGAAGAUUUACAAACGGCAGCACUUGCCAGAGCUAAAGAUACCUUGGCCGAGAAUGUCGCAGAGCUUGCAAAAGUCGAGCAACGCAUUGCAACGGUUGCACAAGAAAAAGUGGAAGUGGUUGCACGGCUGUGCAGUGGCUUGGCAGGACUCAUUCGAGAGAGUGAAGGGUUGCAGGCUUGGUGGGCACGGGGUCUGUUGCGGACUGUUGCACGCAGGCAGAGGGAUAUUCUAUGGCAGACUGGCGAUGCAGCCGAGGAUGCUGCAACAGUAGAGGAUGCCUUGCGGGAGAUCCAUAGGGACACAUAGCUCGGCAUCAGAGGAGUCUGUAGCAAUUGUCGCCUUGAAUAG